GUCUCGUUCCCUCUUUUUCUCCCCCAUAUCCCCAUACACGGGGAUUUUGCGCCCGCCGAAGCUUGCUCUUUCUCUGGCUUCUCUUUUCUCCAUCCCUGUCUCUUUUGCCAUGGCCUCCGCUUUCGCCCUCCGGGGGUUCCCUUCCUUCCCUGCCAACGCCCUCAGUCCCCAAUUCAAAUUCCGGCGGGAAAGGAGGGCGGCAGUUUUGGCGCGAAGCUCGAACGUGCAGGAGCCGCGUCCGACCAACGUUCAACCCCCUGUAAAAGAAAAGAAUCCAUUCCCAGGGAAGCUGGAAGCUGAUGUUGUUGUCAUUGGAAGUGGUAUCGGUGGACUAUGUUGUGCUGGACUUUUAGCUAGAUACGGGCAGAAUGUCCUUGUUUUAGAAAGUCAUGAUCUUCCUGGAGGUGCUGCUCAUUCAUUUGAAAUAAAGGGUUACAAGUUUGACUCAGGCCCAUCUUUGUUUUCUGGAUUUCAGUCAAGAGGUCCCCAGGCUAAUCCUCUUGCACAGGUUCUUGAUGCAUUGGGUGAGUCAGUUCCAUGUGCAUCCUAUGACUCAUGGAUGGUUUACAUACCUGAAGGCGAGUUCUUGUCACGAAUAGGCCCCACAGAGUUUUUUAAGGACCUUGAGAAGUAUGUAGGUCUCGAAGCUGUCCGUGAGUGGAAAAAGCUUCUUGAUGCAGUUCUGCCAAUGUCCGCUGCUGCGACAGCUCUUCCUCCUCUUUCUAUUCGAGGGGAUUGGGGUGUUCUCUCCACAGCAGCAGCUAGAUAUGCUCCAUCUUUAUUGAAAUCAUUCAUCCAAGUAGGACCUCAAGGAGCUCUAGGUGCUACAAAGCUUUUGAGGCCCUUCUCAGAGAUUAUUGAUUCACUGGAGCUGAAAGACCCUUUUAUUCGUAAUUGGGUGGACCUGUUGUGCUUUCUACUUGCAGGGGUCAAAUCUAAUGGGACACUUGCGGCAGAAAUGGUUUAUAUGUUUGCGGAAUGGUAUAAACCAGGGUGCUCACUUGAAUAUCCUCUUCAUGGAAGUGGGGCAGUAGUAGAUGCUCUUGUGCGAGGAAUGCAGAAAUUUGGUGGAAGGCUAGCAUUGGGUACUCAUGUGGAAAAUAUUCUGGUUGAAAAUGGUCGAGCUAUUGGUGUCAAGUUAAGGAGUGGACAUAUUGUACGUGCCAAGAAAGCUGUUGUAAGCAAUGCAUCCAUGUGGGACACUUUAAAUUUGCUACCAGCGGAUGCCAUCCCGCAAUCUUACCAAACUAAAGUUAAAGAAACCCCGCAAUGUGAAUCAUUUAUGCAUCUCCACUUGGGUUUCGAUGCACAGGAUAUUCCGGAAGACCUGGGAAUCCAUCAUAUCGUUGUUAAUGAUUGGAGCAGGGGUGUAGAUGCUGAUCAGAAUGUUGUCUUAAUUUCUGUACCUAGUGUGCUUGGUAAGGACUUGUCACCCCCUGGGAAACAUGUUUUGCAUGCUUAUACUCCAGGAACAGAACCAUUUGGCUUGUGGGAAGGGCUUGAUCGUAGAAGUGCAGAGUAUCGAGGACUCAAAGCAGAGCGAUCAGAGGUAAUGUGGAGAGCUGUUGAACGUGCUCUUGGUCCUGGAUUUAGUCGUGAAAAUUGUGAUGUAAAAUUGGUAGGAACGCCACUUACUCACCGGAGGUUCCUUAGAAGGAAUAGAGGAACAUAUGGCCCAGCUAUAAAAGCUGGAGAAGCCACAUUCCCUGGUCAUUCAACACCUAUCCCACAACUCUUCUGUUGUGGCGAUUCAACUUUUCCAGGAAUUGGAGUUCCAGCAGUGGCAGCUAGUGGUGCUAUAGUUGCCAAUUCUUUGGUAUCUGUUUCACAGCACUCUGAGCUUCUUGAUGCUGUUGGAAUUUGAUUGCCAUGGUUUUCCAAAAGUGUCUGCCCCAAGAAACAGUUUACCUGGUUUGCAGGUUUCUGCAGUACUCCCCAAAUCUGCGGUGCAGUGUUGUGUUCAGAUCAGAUCAUACACUUUGGAUAGCAUGAUUUAUUUGUGACAGUAUCAAUAUGCUGUUGAAUUCUAAGAAUGUGAUAACCUGCAGUUGGAAGCCUGCAUGCACCCUUUCUUUGAUGAGCUGCUGAGGGACCCAAAUAUUUGUCUACCCAAUAGUCGUCCUCUUCCUCCACUCUCAAUUUUAAAAACUCGAGGCAAGAAACCUUCGAGAUAAAUGAGCAUGAAUCAUAACAUAGAGCAGCAAAUAAUUCUUAUAUUUUGGCUAAUAUCAUAUAAAUUUACUUGUGGCCGUGACUUUGUUGUGGUAAUUGAACACCAUCCUACCUCCAAGAGCUUGAUGAUCGGUUACUGGAACAUUGCACCAUUUCACCUUUAUAGCGUUUCUUUUCAUGCAAAUCAGUAUUUUGUAAUCUCCUUUAGCUACCAUGAAGUGAUACCUCAACAAUCUGAAUUUCCAUUUUCUUGUUUGAUUUUCAAUAUC